CUCAUUGGUCAGACGGCUGCAGAGGGCAUUUUGAUUGGCUGAGGGUGGAGUUUGUAUCUGUGCCUUUAGCGCCACUCUGCUAUCUGCGGCUCCGAGGAGCGUGGGACUCCCGGUGGGCUCACGCGGGCAGAGAAGUCUUGUUCAAAAGCUGUGGGAAGGACCCAGCCUUCCUGAGGUUGCAUUAAACCAGCAGGUCCUGGAGUGGCAGACUCAGCUGUGGCAUCACCUUCUUGGUGUGUUCUAAGGACAAUUCAUCAGGACCUUUGUAUCUUGAAAACUAUGUAAAUGCAGUCAGUGUCGUGAUGUCCCGGGAGACAAAUGUGGAGGGUCAGCAGUCCCAAGCCAGUACCUCCUCACAGUCCCACGGCAGUGGCACCUGUUCACAGCCCCAAAGUGGCGUCACCCAGUCCCACGGCUCUUCCUUGCAGUCCCAGGGCACAUCCAGCUCCUCCAACAGCACCGUGCCCACCUCCAGCCAGUCCUCUCACUCCAGCUCCGGGACGCUGAGCUCCUUAGAGACAGUGUCUACUCAGGAACUCUGUUCUAUUCCGGAGGACCAAGAACCCGACGAGCCUGUCGCUGCCCCUUGGGCCCGAUUAUGGGCCCUUCAGGAGGGAUUCUCCAAUCUUGAGUGUGUUAACGACAACUACUGGUUUGGGAGAGACAAAAGCUGUGAAUAUUGCUUCGAUGGACCCCUGCUGAAAAGAACAGAAAAAUAUAAGACAUAUAGCAAGAAACACUUUCGCAUUUUCAGGGAAAUGGGCCCUAAAAACUCUUACAUUGCAUACAUAGAAGAUCACAGCGGGAAUGGAACCUUUGUAAAUACGGUUUUUUUAGGGAAAGGAAAACGCCGUCCUUUGAAUAACAAUUCUGAGAUUGCACUUUCACUGUGUGGAAAUAAAGUUUUUGUGUUUUUUGAUCUGACUGUAGAUGAUCAAUCAGUUUAUCCUAAAGAAUUAAGAGAUGAAUACAUCAUGUCAAAAACUCUUGGAAGUGGUGCCUGUGGGGAGGUGAAGCUGGCUUUCGAGAGGAAAACGUGCAAGAAAGUAGCCAUAAAGAUUAUCAGCAAAAGGAGGUUUGCUAUUGGCUCAGCCAGAGAGACUGAUCCAGCUCUCAAUGUUGAAACAGAAAUAGAAAUUCUGAAAAAACUAAAUCACCCUUGCAUCAUCAAGAUUAAAAACUUUUUUGAUGCAGAAGAUUAUUACAUUGUUUUGGAAUUGAUGGAAGGAGGAGAGCUGUUUGACAGGGUGGUAGGGAAUAGACGCCUGAAGGAAGCUACCUGCAAACUCUACUUUUACCAGAUGCUCUUGGCUGUGCAGUACCUUCAUGAAAAUGGCAUUAUACAUCGGGACUUAAAGCCAGAGAAUGUUCUACUGUCAUCUCAGAAAGAGGACUGUCUGAUAAAGAUUACUGAUUUUGGACAGUCUAAGAUUUUGGGGGAGACCUCUCUCAUGAGAACUUUAUGUGGCACCCCCACCUACCUGGCUCCUGAGGUCCUUAUUUCUGUUGGUACUGCUGGGUAUAACCGUGCUGUGGACUGCUGGAGUUUAGGCGUUAUUCUUUUCAUCUGCCUUAGUGGGUAUCCACCCUUCUCUGAGCAUAAGACUCAAGUGUCACUGAAGGAUCAGAUCACCAGUGGAAAAUACAACUUCAUUCCCGAAGUCUGGGCAGAGGUCUCAGAGAAGGCUCUAGACCUGGUCAAGAAGUUGUUGGUAGUGGAUCCAAAGGAGCGUUUAACAACAGAAGAAGCCUUAAAACACCCAUGGCUUCAGGAUGAGGACAUGAAGAGCAAGUUUCAGGAUCUGCUGUCUGAGGAAAAUAAAUCAGCAGCUCUCCCCCCGGUCCCAGUCCAGCCUUCCACUAGUCAGAAGCGCCCCCUUGAAGGGGAAGCAGAGGAUGCCGAGGCCACGAAGCGCCCUGCUGUGUGUGCUGCUGUGUCGUGAACCCUGCGGUUGGAAUGUGAAAGAAAUGUAUCUUCUUUAACUCUACUGUCAUCUUUUUUCUUUACCUCAGGUUUUUAUAGUUUAUAUUUUAAUUAUGUGGGAAUAAUUGUCUUUCUACAAUCAUUGAUACAUGAUUAAAAGUCUGAUGGAACCUGA